UUUACCUUUUGGGUGUAUGCCUUGAUGAGAUUCAAGAUUCACUACUUAAUUAUAAUAGCUCAUGUAUACGAAGGGGGGGGGGGGCGAUUAGUCGGAGAUUUCCCUGCCGAUUAACAGCAUUGCAACAUGUAGCUUUAUCGUACUGUAGUUGAUUGGUGCAGGAAUAUUGUGUCCUGCCUCUUUAAAUCCUGAAACGCGUGGAGUUUAAAUAAAUUGGCUAGAAAGCUUUUGCUACCCACCCCUCGCCCCCACUGAGGAGUCUGUAUUCAGCAAGUGCCCAUGUGGGAGCUUAGAGAGCAGGCAGCCUGAAAGGAGCCGGAAAUAUGUUACAUUGAUGUUUGGCAUAGCUGCAGUCAAGUUAAAGAGAGAGCUUGAUGCCACUGCAACGGUAUUGGCUAACCGACAAGAUGAAAGUGAGCAGUCUAGAAAAAAGCUUAUUGAGCAAAGUCGUGAGUUCAAGAAAAACACUCCAGAGGACCUGCGCAAACAGGUAGCUCCAUUAUUGAAGAGUUUCCAGGGAGAGAUUGAUGCAUUAGGUAAAAGAAGCAAAGAAGCAGAGGCAGCCUUCUUGAAUGUCUAUAAGAGAUUAAUUGAUGUUCCAGAUCCAGUUCCAGCUCUGGAUCUAGGACAGCAGCUUCAGCUGAAAGUCCAGCGAAUGCAUGAUAUUGAAACAGAGAACCAGAAACUUAGGGAAACUCUAGAGGAAUACAACAAGGAAUUUGCUGAAGUGAAAAAUCAAGAGGUUACAAUAAAAGCGCUUAAAGAGAAAAUCAGAGAAUAUGAACAGACCCUGAAGAACCAAGCAGAGAAUAUAGCUCUUGAAAAAGAACAAAAAUUACAAAAUGACUUUGCAGAGAAGGAGAGAAAGUUGCAAGAAACACAGAUGUCGACAGCCUCGAAGCUGGAGGAGGCCGAACACAAAGUUCAAGCUUUACAAACAGCCUUGGAAAAAACUCGGACAGAAUUAUUUGACCUGAAAACAAAAUAUGAUGAAGAAACUACUGCCAAGGCUGAUGAAAUUGAGAUGAUCAUGACGGACCUCGAAAGAGCAAAUCAGAGGGCAGAGGUGGCUCAGAGAGAGGCAGAAACCUUAAGGGAGCAGCUCUCGUCAGCUAACAAAUCUCUCCAACUUGCUACACAGAUCCAGAAGGCACCUGAUGUGGAGCAGGCCAUAGAGGUGCUGACGCGAUCUAGCUUGGAGGUGGAACUGGCUGCAAAAGAACGUGAAAUUGCCCAGCUCGUAGAAGAUGUCCAGAGACUCCAAGGCAGCCUCACCAAACUUCGUGAGAACUCCACCAGCCAGAUAUCACAGCUGGAGCAGCAGCUGACUGCCAAGAACAGCACACUUAAACAACUGGAAGAAAAACUGAAAACACAGGCUGACUAUGAAGAGGUUAAGAAAGAAUUAAAUAUACUGAAGUCCAUGGAAUUUGCACCCUCUGAGGGCUCUGGUGCACAGGAUGCAUCCAAACCACUGGAGGUGUUGCUGCUGGAGAAAAAUCGCUCGUUGCAGUCUGAGAACGCCACACUGCGUAUCACUAAUAGUGACCUGAGCGGGUCAGCCAGGAGAAAAGGGAAAGACCAGCCUGAGAGUCAGCGUCCUGCAACCUUGCCGGCCUCCCCUUCUUCUCAGUUGCUCCGCAACACAGGGGAGCAGGCUUCCAAUACUAAUGGUACACACCAGUUCUCACCAACGGGUUUAAGUCAAGACUUUUUCAGCUCAUCCUUGGCAAGCCCCAGCUUACCCCUGGCCUCCACAGGAAAAUUUGCACUAAACUCUCUCCUCCAGCGACAGCUAAUGCAGUCCUUCUACUCCAAGGCAAUGCAGGAAGCAGGAAGCACAAGCAUGAUUUUUUCAACAGGUCCUUACAGCACAAACUCCAUAUCUUCCCAAAGUCCAUUACAACAAAGUCCAGAUGUUAAUGGCAUGGCCCCAUCUCCCAGCCAGUCAGAAAGCGCUGGGAGCAUCUCUGAAGGCGAGGAGAUAGACACAGCAGAAAUUGCACGUCAGGUGAAAGAGCAAUUGAUCAAGCACAAUAUUGGACAGCGGAUAUUUGGACAUUAUGUCUUGGGACUGUCACAAGGGUCUGUGAGUGAGAUACUAGCCCGGCCAAAGCCAUGGAAUAAACUGACUGUGAGAGGCAAGGAGCCAUUUCACAAGAUGAAGCAGUUCCUCUCAGAUGAGCAGAACAUCCUGGCGCUACGCAGCAUCCAGGGUAGACAAAGAGAGAAUCCAGGCCAGAACCUGAACAGACUAUUUCAGGAAGUACCGAAACGAAGAAAUGGGUCUGAAGGUAACAUCACCACAAGAAUCCGAACCACAGAGACUGGCUCUGAGGAAGCCAUCAAAUCCAUUCUAGAACAAGCCAAAAGGGAGCUGCAAGUACAGAAAACAGCUGAGCCGGCUCAGCCACCUUCUGCAUCUAGCAGUGGCAAUUCUGAUGAGGCCAUUCGAUCCAUUCUGCAACAAGCCCGACGUGAAAUGGAAGCACAGCAGGCUGCCCUUGAACCUGCCUUAAAAACAACAUCUUUGUCUCAAGCAGACAUUUCCAUCUUGUCCCCAAAACUAAUAUCUACACCUGCAAUGUCUUCAGUUUCCAGUUAUUCUCCAUUGGCCUUGUCGCUGAAGAAACAUUCAACUGUCAUGGAUUCUAAUAUAUCUGCAUUGCAGAAUCUCUCUGGGCUAAAAAAGGAGCACCAGGAAACACCAGUUUUAGAGCUUCAUGGAAUAACUGAUUCUGCACAGGGUGUGCUGAGGCAUGUUAAAAAUGAAUUGGGACGUGGUGGUGUUUGGAAGGACCAUUGGUGGAACACUGUUCAGCAUGACAGAAGAAAUACCACUCUUUCUGAAGAUACAAAGGUCGAGGAAGCCAGCAGUGGAAAAGAAAAGGUCAGCAACCAGACAAGGUCAGAUCGUAGCCAACUUCAAGGACCAUCCUCUUCAGAAUACUGGAAGGAGUGGCCAAAUGCUGAAUCUCCAUAUUCCCAGAGCUCUGAAUUGAGCAUGACUGGGGCAAGCCGCAGUGAGACACCACAAAAUAGCCCCCUUCCUUCCUCUCCUAUUGUACCUAUAUCAAAGCCAUCCAAACCCUCAGUUCCUCCAUUGACACCUGAGCAGUAUGAGAUUUACAUGUACCAGGAAGUGGAUACAAUAGAGCUAACUCGUCAGGUCAAAGAAAAGCUAGCAAAGAAUGGCAUCUGCCAAAGGAUCUUUGGGGAAAAGGUGUUGGGCCUGUCCCAAGGGAGUGUCAGUGACAUGCUCUCCAGGCCAAAGCCAUGGAGUAAAUUGACGCAAAAAGGCCGAGAACCAUUUAUUCGUAUGCAGCUCUGGUUGAAUGGGGAACUGGGACAGUGUGUCCUGCCUGCACAAGGGCAGCAACAAGGACAAGUCCUCCACUCAGUGACAUCACUGCAGGAUUCCCUACAGCAGGGAUGUGCAAGCUCAGAAAGCACUCCAAAGACCUCUGCCAGUUGCAGUCCUGCUCCUGAGUCUCCCAUGAGUUCCAGUGAAUCAGUAAAGAGUCUGACUGAAUUGGUACAGCAACCCUGUCCUGCUAUAGAGACAAGUAAAGAUGGCAAACCACAAGAAUCAAGUGAGCCACCUGUUUCUGAAUCCCAGUCGACAACACCUUUGCCUCUCUCGGGCCAUUCAGCACUUAGCAUUCAAGAACUGGUUGCUGUCUCUCCUGAAUUGGACACAUAUGGCAUUACGAAGAGGGUUAAAGAGGUGUUAACAGACAACAACCUUGUGUGGCUGACAAGCCUAAAAAGCAGCAGAAGAGCCAGGAAAUGUGCCCCAAACUCUGCAUUAGGUCAGCGUUUGUUUGGGGAGACAAUCCUAGGGCUAACGCAAGGCUCGGUCUCAGACCUUCUGGCUCGCCCAAAGCCCUGGCACAAAUUGAGUUUGAAGGGACGGGAGCCCUUUGUCCGCAUGCAGCUGUGGCUAAAUGAUCCCAACAAUGUGGAGAAAUUGAUGGAUAUGAAGCGAAUGGAGAAAAAAGCCUACAUGAAACGACGGCACAGCUCAGUUAGUGAUAGUCAACCUUGUGAGCCCUCUUCAGUUGGAAUAGACUAUAGCCAGGGAGCCAGCCCACAGCCACAGCAUCAGCUAAAGAAACCACGAGUAGUGUUGGCACCAGAAGAGAAAGAAGCUCUAAAACGAGCAUAUCAGCAAAAGCCAUACCCAUCGCCAAAAACCAUUGAGGAACUCGCUACACAACUCAACUUGAAAACCAGCACAGUGAUCAACUGGUUCCACAAUUACAGAUCUCGCAUCCGUCGAGAGCUGUUCAUUGAAGAAAUCCAAGCAGGAAGCCAGAGCCAGGCUGGGUCAAGUGACUCUCCUUCAGCCAGAAGCAGCAGGGCAGUUCACAGCUCUGAGGGAGACAGUUGUGAUGGUGUGGACACAGAAGGCCCACCCGAAGGGAAGCAAAGUGGUCUGGAGGCGGACGAGUACAGCAAUGCAACCACAAAGUCUCAGGGAGGGCAAGCAGAGUCAGCUUUUGAAGCGGGGGAAGAGGUACCACAAGAUGUCAGAUCAUCAGAGAAAACAGAGUCAUUCCAUUUGGGAAUGGAGAGUUUGGAGGAUACUGAUGAUGAGGGUAGGCUCAAAGCACCACGUCAGAGUUCUCCACCAGGGUCUCAAAGUUCAGGAGAAACUCUGGAGACAAUGCCAAACUCUGCUACAGAAGAGGAUGCCUCUACCUCAGCUGCCUCCACCUCAGUCCUUACAGGGGAGAGCUCCUUCAAGUCAAAAGAAAGUUCAGAGAAAAUGUUGAGUGUGCCAAGUACAAGUUCCACAUUGGCUGCAGGCUCACAGAAAGCCAACUCUAUUCAGAGUUUAUUCAGCUUUUCCGAGGCAGCAAGCUCCAAGAACACGCGGGACAACACCUUGAGGAAAAAGAAAGCAGCAAACUUGAACAACAUAAUACACCGUUUAGAGAAGGCCGCUAGUCGAGAAGAGCCCGUUGAAUGGGAGUUUUGAGAUUAAACUCACCCAACUCUAGAGAGCUGGGAAAGUUAAACUGGACCUCUACUGGUUUUAUUGUGUUGCGCACUUACCGCCCUGCAGGCCACAGGGCAAAAACGCCAUAGGCCAAGGUGCAUAUAGAAAACAAAAGGAGCGUUAAGCCCAAUUUAUGUUUGUGUUUUCAAGGAAGAAAACUGAAAUGUGUGGUCAAGCUUUUUUGUACCCUGAAGUGUUUUUAUUAAUGCCCUAAGUGAUUUCCACAAUUUCUGGAAUAACUCAUACAGCUUUGCCUUGUGCCCUCCUCUUUGGUGUGGGCUUUAAAAAAAACAAAAACAUAAAAAAAAAAUCAAACCCACAUAUUUAAAGGGGGCUUUUUAUCUGCCAUCUAAUGGCUACAGAGCGAUAAUACACUAUUAUCUUCUUAAACCAGGAAAAAAGGGGAGAUUUUUCAAAAAGGAAAAAUAAAAAGUUUUUUGUAGCUGUUCAGUUGCCACUAAGAGAUUGCACAGUCAACCGACUCUAAACACACUAGUUUGGAUUCCUAAAUAUUUUCAAGAAAAGAAAAGAAUCGUGUUGUUUGAAACUUUGAAUUAAAAAAAAAAAACACAUUUACUCCACAUAUUUUUUAACAAAACAAAAAAAGUCACAUCAGGAAAAUAUCUUAAUUUGUGGUAGCUGACUUAGUGUUUUCUUGUAAGUGAAAUAGAAUAUUGACACGUAGUGCACAUUGUUUCAUAGCUUUAACUGAUUCUGGUCUUUUGCAGACCAGAAUUUGUUUAAUACACUCCAUUUUAGGCCAAAUCAGGACAAAAAAAAUCUGAAUCUAGGUAUUUUAUAAUCUGCUUUUUAACCUCUAACCACAGAGCACGCUGAUCAGACCUCAUAUCCAGGAGGUUUAGGAGACAACUUAGAAUAGCAUGUACUUGAUCAUUUCAUUUGAAUUGUAGUAUAUCUAGUACCUUUUUGUUUAAGAAAGAGAAAUGAAAAAAAGUUGCCCAGUAACAUUUCAGCCUGCAGCUCUGGGGACAUAUUUUACAACCUGAAGCAUUCAGCUAACCUGAAAUCAGUUAAAGUUUCAUUUACAUGUGUAACUGAUAACACACACCACUAAGAAGGAAUUGGGGCCUGCCUCAGAUGAAGAGAUUACUGACUCUCUUCCCACCAUAAGCACUGAUUUAAAUGUUUUAGUUUGUGGGAAGUUUAUUUUUGUGUAGAAAAAGAAUACAUUGCAGGUAUCAGAUGGGCUGUGACCAAGAUGUAAAUAGCCCAAACUCCAAACCAAAAUAUUCAUGCUCUUGAAUCCCAGUCCAGACUAUUGGAAAUUUAGCCUCUUCAGAUUAUUUUAUGCACAGCAUAAAACUGAUCAAAGUACAAAUCAAAUUCUGACUUGUCUCUAACUCCUCCUGUUGUCUAUAUGUAUAUGCGUGAGCAUAGAGGUGUGUGGAAGGAUGUGUGUGCGUGAGUGUGUGCGUGCAAUUUUAUACGUCUGUGUAUUUUCUUACGUACUUGUGCACACAUAGAGUGCAUUACUGCCACCUUUUUUCAAUAAGCUGUUUUAUCAGUUAUGGCUUCUACAAGUUUGCUAAUUUAGACUCCUUUAUUGCCAUAUCUUUAAAACUAACAAUAGAUGAUUUCGGUAUAUAUAUAUAUAUUUUUUUUUGCUUAUUUAUAGGUGCUGUAUUUUAUUAUCUGAUUGUUAGGAAGGGAUGAAAGGGGGCAAAUAUUCUUUAGAGGGAUAGACUGCCGGCAGUAUUGGGUAUAAUUUACAAGAUGUAGUUGUCAUACUGUAUAUUAUUGAUUGAAGACUUUUUGACCGUAUUGUGUAUCAUUGAAACCUUUGUCUUAGGUCAGCAUCUUUUGAUGACACUUUAAUGGUGCAUUCAUUACUUCUUAAGUUUAAUUAAUAUUACUUUUUUGAUUUUGGGGGGGUGGGGAGAGGAGUUCCAAUUUUAAAGGUAUGCUCCCAAUAUUACACCUCAGUGUGCUUGUAUUAAUUAACUAGUAGGACUUUGACUGUACGAUGUGAACCCACAUUUCUUGCAUGAUGUUUUAGAAAUGAUGUAUUUCAUUUACAGUCUCAAUGUGCAACAGCAGCACUUAGUUCAGGUUUUCACAAAUUAAGCGUCACUACACUAUUAGCCUUUUCAUGAAUACGAAAAGAAGGCUCUAGGAGGCUGAAAGGCAGAGAUUUAUUUACCUGUUUUUACUGUUACAGUCGUUUCAAAUUACCUGCUUGGGUAACCAGAGACUUAGCUUGUGGUGCACGACUCAAAUUUGAUAAACAGAGACAGCAACUAGCCCUUUCUGUGGUGAGCUGAAGAGAAAAUUUGGAACAUGUGAUCACACCAUCUAGAAUCACUGUGACCCCUACUUAUAGGGACAUAACGUUUGGCUGAGAAAACUUCCAGCAAACGACAUGGUAAAUCAAAACAUUACCAUUAGAAAUCUUCUCUUCACCGCAGUGUCUCCUUAAAAGCAAAUGUUUUGAUUUGGUUUAUAAAACACAUCUCCAUUUAUGAAUGUGUGUCCCAUUCAAAUAUAUGUACCUGAACAUGAGUAACAACAAAAUAUAAACAUAUUUAGUUCAGCCAAGAGACAGAACUUUUAAUUAGACAAAUCCAGAUAUUGUCUUACAUUCUAAAUCAGUUUUCUUUGUUUACUUUAGAACAAUAUAUUUGCCAUGCGUUGCCACCCUCUAUUUCUAUCAGGUUGAGAUCUGGGUGCUUGAUGCAGUCAAGUGGUUAAAUUUUGCUUGCUUGUAGGUUGUUGUUUCCCUCUCUCCCCACCUCCCCCCAUUUAUUAUUUUGCUUAAUUAAGGUCCCCAGACCUGUUGUUGAAUAAGUGUCUCUCUUUAUUGCAUUCAAUAAUGCUUACUGAGAGCUGUCACUGAAAGCAAAAUUUUAUUAACAGGAUGAAUCCAAAUGCAGCAGUAAGGGUUAAUCUCUCUUCUUGAUAAGCAAUACUUAAGUGCCUUCAAAAGUAUCCAUUUUGUUCUUUCGUUUGUAGUUUUCAGGUUUCUGCUAAUUACAUUAGAGGAGCCAAACACUCAAAAGUGUCUGCUUAUUUUUGUUAAUGCUAUGUCAAUUUUCAAAAAAGCAUAUUUGUAGCUCUCCUGUAGAGGAUGUGUUUCCUUUAUAACACUAACAGUUAAUUGUAAACUCCAUUAUACCACUUACAAUGCAUAGAAUUUUGUUGAAUGAAGACAGCAUUCAUAAUUCAUAAAUCACCCCAUUCUGCCAAGGGUUGUCAUCAGUAUUUAUUAUAAAAUUAGUCAGAUAAAAUGCUCUUGGUAUUCCCCGAUAUUUUGGCACUUUAUUAAUGCGUUAGUUCCUUUUGUCAUUUCAUGCAUAAUAUCAUAGGUAGAAAGUACAUAAAACUAUUAGAAUGCCAUUGGGAUAACUCCAGACUUCCAGUUAGGAAUCACGUUACAAUUCUUUGACAGAUAUCUUACCUUACUCUCCUGUUUGGAGAUUUUUUCCUUACUAGUUUUCCAAAUUGGCAAGACCUCCCGGGUUGAAAAAGGGUUAAAUUGCAUCUGUGGUGAAUGAUUUUUAGCUAUAUUUCUUCAUGGUAAUGAAGUCUGUUGUUUAAAAUUAAUGUUGUUAAAAAUUAGUAUUACACUCCUAGUCUUCAUUACUUGAUAAAGAGCUACUGGAGAAGUAAUGUACAAAGAGUUGGACUCUUCAAUGCUUUCCAGUCAUUGAUUAGUUGAGAGUAACAAAGGUGAAAGGCUGUAUAAGAUGCCACAUGUUCAACAUGUGGGGCUGUUCUCUAUGCACAGUUGUAUUAUAGAGUUAAGAAGACUGAAAAUGGAGCACUUGCGGAAGGCAUGCUGUUCAGUACUUUUCCAGAUAGAUAAAAGCGCAUAUAGGUCUCUAGCAUUACAGGUUUUCUGCAGACUGUUUCCCAUUUUAUGUUCUUUAAAAGCAUUUUUUAAAAACCCUUGUUUCUGUUUAUAGUUCAGACUUUGUCUAAAGCAAUGGAGAGAUAGGCCUCAGGCUGUUUUAACAAAUAUUUUUAUACUGAUGGUAAAAUUCUGUCAUUUUUAUCUCUGGAUGGGUAGUGCAAAAAGGAGAGGACAAUAUUGAGAUUUAACUAAGUGUGAUGGUCUCUUUUAUUAUUGUGUUAAUGGAGAGCGGAUGAAGCAUGCCUGUUGAUUAUAAUUGUUCCAUUUUUAUAAAUAUGAUUUUCUUUAUCCGUGGAAUCACAAGAUUUUCUUACUGAUAACAAAAGAAAAAGGGUUUUGUUAAAGUAGCUAUUGAAUGCCAUGGAACUUGAUCAUUUUAGUUUAGCUUGCACUCCUGCAAAAUUUAUAAAUACUCUUUGUGGGUAGAGUCACUCCUUAAAGGAGCCUUGCAUUGGUGUGCUCUGUCCAUAUCAACUGUUCACGAGCUGUUCAAUAAUAAACAGCUUUAUUAGAAUAAGAUAUCUCUAAAAGUAAAAAUCGCAUGCCUUUCUCAUUAGGUAAGAGGUUUUUGCAUUCAUUUUUAACAUAACUUUCAUGUGGGGACGCUACAGAGAAGGGGUUAAUGAACACUACAGAAUUCUAUGCAAUAUUCUCUAGUCAUUUUAAAAUAUUACCAUUUUGCAAUCUUUUAAAAGUGAGAACAGUGAUCUAGAGGGAAAGUGUGUCAUCUCAGUGUUAGCUCAAAGUGAAAUUAUAAUGCUGAUUAAUUUAAAUAAAUUAGAGUUAGGGGAAAAUCUGACAGAAUAAUGUGAUAAAUAUGAUAAAAAAGAUUGCAGUCCCCACUAGCAAUGCUGCAGUCCAGGGUCUGUCAGAGUUUCCAUCUUAAAAUCCCUAAUUUCAAGGGUUUUAGAACUCUGCUGUAAAAUGAAAAAAAUUGCUCUUGGCAGGAACUUGGUAGUUUAGAAAUGGAAAAACAUUUUGACCAUAUUUAAAUUAUAAAAAUACCAAAAAAAGUAAUUGGUUUCAGAUGCAUUUUUGCACUUAAAUCCAAAACAGCUUCCUUAUUUAAACUGAAAUGUCAUUAGUAAUAUGGACUAAUGCCUUUAGCGGGGUUGCUAAGAAAUCAACAGUGUUAUGUAGCAAAGUGAUUCAUUGUAAAUACAAUAAAUAAAUAUAUUCAUAAAGAUUUUUGACAUGCAGAUGGAGGUUCCAUUUGUUUCUUCGCUUUCCUUUUAAGCAAGUGAGUUCUUUAAAUCAUCUCUCUUGCUUAUAUUACAGCCCAUGUAUACUGGGUUUUAAAAGCACUCCCUAUACUUGAGUUCCAUAGGUUCUAAUUGUGAGGAUUUCAUGGAGAUCGUAAGAAAGAUAUGGAGAGAGGAAGAAAAGGUGUCACUUGGUCUAAGGCCUGAUCUUAUGUCCAUUGAAAUCAAUGGAAAGUCUUUCCUUUGACUUCAGUGAGUAUUUGUUCAUCCCCUAACAAGACAGGCUGCUUAUAUCUGAUCUUCCACAGUUUAACUUAUACAGACAUAACAAGUGUAAAACACAGCAUUCAGUUUAAUUUACUAUAAUGCUAGGCCUUGCAGUCUCCAUGGCACUUUCUGUGGUCCCUCUAGCCAAGCACUAACAUGUCUUCCUCCAUGUCAUACAUACAAUCAAACAAAUGAAAGAGCCUGUAAAAAUUCUGUAUAAUACAAGAUUUUCAAAAAGUACCAAACAACUUAAAAUAUAACGCCAAAUUACUUUAAAUAAUGAAAAUAAACAUUAGCGUGGGAGAGCUGGGUUCCAUUCUUGGCUCUAUCAUUGGGGUGACCUUGGCCAAGUCACUGCC